GGUUGUUUGCGUUGCGGAGUUUGAAAGUAUCGCUCUUUUUCCCCCUUUUCUCGCCGGUGGAGCUCCGCCGCCGUCUCGCCGAAACGGCACUGGUCGGAGACAUCCGGGUCGGGUUGGAGGGGCGUCGAUGAUGAUGAGGAGGGUGGCGGCGUCGCUGGUGCCGCCGUGGUUGGAGACCCUGCUCUCCACCCCCUUCUUCGCUACUUGCCCUGUCCACCCUGACGCCCCCCGCAGCGAACGCAACAUGUUCUGCCUCGACUGCGGCGACUCCGCUUCCUCCUUCUGUUUAUACUGCCGCACCGAUCUUCACUCCGGCCACAGCGUCGUUCAGAUACGGCGGUCGUCGUACCACGACGUGGUGCGGGUGGCGGAGAUCCGAAACGUAUUGGACAUCCGCGGCGUCCAGACCUACGUCAUCAACAGUGCGCAAGUGCUCUUCCUCAACGAGCGUCCGCAGCCGCGCGGCGGCGGGCGGGGCGGUGUCGGUGGCGCCUCCUCUUCCUCCUCCACCCCCUACAUAUGCGAGAUCUGCGCCAGAGCCCUCCUCGACCCCUUCCGCUUCUGCUCCCUCGGCUGCAAGUUGGCGGGGAUAAAGAGAAACGGCGACGCGACCUUCGUGCUCACCCCCGACGACGACGAGGAGGCCGAAGGCCGCCGCGAGGAGUCAUCGUCAAAUGCGGAAGCGGCUGAAGAGAGUAAACCCAGGCGGAGAGGGAGACGGGGCAGCGGAUCGCGAGAGGAAACAGGGCACGAAGACGGUAGCCCUGCUUCCCUUCCGCCGCCGCCGGCAUUUUCGAGGAGGCGGAAGGGCAUCCCCCGGCGCGCCCCCUUCGCCUCCUAACUAACCUACUUCCCCUGUAAAUUUUACAGGCAAAUUACUAUUAUUAUAAACAAUUAAAUGGGAAAACAAUGUAUAUCAACAAUUGAAUCUAUUUUUAUAAUUAAUAUUAUAAAAAAUAAAUUAUAAAUCUGAAUUUAUAAAAAAAAAACAUUAUGAGAACUAUUUU